AUGACCUCCGCUCCGCUCUGCGCCAGCGCGCGCUCCCUGACGACCUCCGCCCGACACCCUCGCACUCUGCUUCUCACCUUGGAUGCCUUUGAGACCCUCUUCCACCCCCGCCCGCCGGUCCCAGAGCAGUACGCAACAACGGCGCACCGGUUCGGUCUCUCGCGAACUGUUGUCACCCCGGAACGAGUCAAAGCCGCGUUCAAGGAUGUAUAUCGUGCACAAGCCAAGCUGCACCCCAACUACGGCCGUGCUGAUGUCCUCCGCGGUCGGUACGGGGGCCCGAAACAGUGGUGGGAGGAGGUGAUCCGGGGAAGCUUCGCAAAGGUGCUAGCCGCGGACGGGGCAAGGCAGCCCACAGCCCCUAAGUUACAAGACGACAAAUAUGUCGAUCUGCCACCGGGCCUGGUGAACGCAUUGCUGGAUCGCUUCGCGGGCGCCGGGGGUUACACCUUAUACGACGACGUUGUGCCAUUUUUCGCGCGCAUGCGCGAGCUUCGAACGACGUCAACCAAGCCCUUUGACCGCGUGGUCAUAGGCGUAAUCUCCAACUCGGACGAUCGGGUCCCGGAUGUGUUGAAGGCGCUGGGUUUACGAGUCGGCGAUAUGCGCGCGGACCAAGAUUUAUCUAGCAUGGAGCUGCCCGGAUUCGAAGAGCGAGGAGCCUCCGUACAUUCGGUGCGGUUGCAGGAAAUUGGCGCGAAAUCCCAGACGAGCUCAGAUGCCGAUUUGGAUCUUGUCAUUACUAGCUAUGAAGCGGGCGAAGAGAAGCCGAACCGAGUGAUCUUUGAUGUUGCGAGGCGUCAGGCUCGCUUGUUAGCUCAGGCAGAGGCACACACGCAUGGGUCCACUCCGGUCGGUAUCGAAGAUAUGGAUGACUGGAUAUGUGUGCAUGUGGGUGAUGACUAUGAGAAGGACUAUCUUGCGGCCAUGGAUGCAGGCUGGCAAAGCUAUUUUCUGGCUCGUGGUCAAAAUGGCGAGAGCGAGAAACGACCUGCAAAGACGAUUCGCUCGCUGAUGGAUUUGCUGGGUGAAUUAAAAAUUGGGUCAUAA